CACUGUGUCGCUUAAACAAAGAUGGCGGAGAAAGUGGCCGAUACGAAGGAAACGAAAUCAGCCGUAGGAUCAGGUGAAGGCCAUCAAGACGCUUUCAGGGAGGGCAUUCUGCAAAUGUUUCGACCGGCAGUUGAAGAACUGGACAGUAAAGCUCUAAGUGUGAGGAAAAGUCAAGUUGAGUUACGUGAACAAAUUGACAAGUUAGCACAAGAUCUGCAUAGAUUGUCUGAGCUUCAAGAGUUCCCAAUCGACCUCGAACCAUAUGUAAAGAAACUGAUGAAUUCAAGAAGAAGAGUUAUGUUGGUAAACAACAUACUACAAAAUGCUCAGGAAAGACUUGGAAGGCUUCAUCAAAGUGUCACAAGAGAGACUGCAAGGAGGAAAGCUCUGCUGGAACCAUCUGAGUUUUCAUGAUAGUGUCAACUAAAAUAUACAGUACAAGGGUAUUAAUGGACAAAUAUUGGAUGGUAUACUUUUAUGAAUAGUUGUAGAUAUGAUUAUUAAAAUUUCUUUAAAAAAAAAAAUAAUCAUGAAUGCACAACACAUAUUAAAGUGAAUUUGAAUCAUG